AGGCCUUCUCUUCCUGUUCCUGAGGCGGCGCGGGCCGUGCGUGUCCGGAGGUUUCUGUGGAAAGAAGAUUGUGAAGGAAGAGGCGAGAUGGGCGCCAGCGGGGAGGAGGCGGCGGAGAGCGAGGAGCGCUUCGAUGGCAUGUUGCUGGCCAUGGCCCAGCAGCACCCGGGCGGCGUGCGGGAGCUUGUGAACACCUUUUUCAGCUUCCUGAGACGCAAAACUGAUUUCUUUGUAGGAGGAGAAGAGGGCGCUGCUGAGAAGUUAAUCACAGAGACUUUCAGCCGCCACAACAAACUGGCUCAAAAAGCACAGAAUGAGAAGAAGGCCCGUCAAGAUGCAGAGAAGAAAGAAAAAGCAGAACGUGCUGCUAAACUUGCCAAGGAGAAAAAGCAAGAAGAGAGUGAGCCACGAAUUAAGGAGCUGACCGAUGAAGAGGCCGAAAGGUUGCAGCUGGAAAUUGAUCAGAAAAAAGAGAAAAAAGACAGUGAGGCCCAGAGUAUCCCAGUUGAAUCUGCCGAAAAUUCAAUGGAAACACCAGAGUCUAACAAGCAGGAUACAGAUGAAGAAGAAGAAGAUGAGAAGGACAAAGGCAAGCUUAAGCCGAACUCUGGGAAUGGAGCAGACCUUCCAAACUAUAGGUGGACACAGACCCUCUCUGAAUUAGAUCUGGCUGUCCCAAUCCAAGUGAACUUCAGGCUGAAGGGAAAAGACAUGUUAGUUGAUAUACAACGACGGCACCUGAAGGUGGGAUUGAAGGGCCAGCCACCGGUCAUUGACGGACCCUUGUACAAUGAGGUGAAAGUGGAGGAGAGCUCAUGGCUCAUCGAGGAUGGGAAAAUAGUCACCGUGCACUUGGAGAAGAUCAACAAGAUGGAGUGGUGGAACAAGUUAGUUCAAACAGACCCUGAGAUUAACACCAAGAAAAUUAACCCAGAGAACUCCAAACUCUCAGACUUGGACAGUGAAACACGCAGCAUGGUGGAGAAAAUGAUGUAUGAUCAGCGGCAGAAGUCAAUGGGUCUCCCCACAUCGGAUGAGCAGAAAAAGCAGGACAUAUUGAAAAAGUUCAUGGAACAACAUCCAGAAAUGGAUUUCUCCAAAGCAAAAUUCAACUGAUGUGGUUUCUACCCCGCCCCGUUACUUUCUCUCCCUCUCUCUCUCUCCUUUCCUUUUCUCCCAACAACUUUUAAAGUAAACCAAAUUUGUCAUUUUCUUUGAGAUGCUGUGAAUGUUCACUUCAUCUCAGAGUGAGCUUUCCGUGUAAGAAUCGCAGUGCUAUUAUUUAUCAGCCUGCUUUGCUUUUUUUGUAGGGAAAGUUAUGCCAGGGAAUUAGAAAUGAAGCAAAAGGAGUUACAUUGUAGAAAUGUAUUAUUCUGACAGGUUUAGGGUGAUAUUUGGUUGUUUUGAGCAUUGAUGAUGCCAGCCUUGCUCAUCUGCUGCUCUUUUAGCACCUGCUUUUGAAUUGAGACCUGGACAUCCUUCCUCAAACACCCAGUCAUCUUUCCUUCCAGCAUUCCUGCGCCAAACUAAGUAAGCCCUCUCAAUGUAACCUCAAUGCAGGACCUCUGAAAGCAGUUUAAUACAUAAAACACUGGCAGAUGAGCCCAUGAGUGUCUCAUGGCUGUUCUAACCUCCAGAAAGUGAUGCUGUUUAGGAGCAACAUGCCCUUAGUUUGCACAGGUUCUUAUUUGGACAUUACUGUGUAAGCACAGAAAGCAGUAGCAUGAAGAAUACUUCUGCCUGCUUGUCAAUACUUUGACAGAUCUCCAAAGUUAGCUUUGCAAGUGUAUACAUGAUCGAGACAGAUCAUGUACACACAAUUAAGAAUUUGACUAGAUUGCAAUGAGAGGGUUGUUCAGAUCAGUCACAUCAGAAUCUGUAAUAUUCCUGCUGUCAUCAACUCUGUCUUCAACUGUUACUGCCAAGCCCUGUUGUAAUAGUUUCAGAGCUUCAGUGGUAUAUGUCAACCCAAAAUGCUAGUAUUGCAGUACUGUUUCUGCUUUAGAGAACCAUGUUUUGGGGAUAGAUAGGGCUGCUAAAUGUCUGAAUAUUUCAAGGAGAUUGACUUAGACCAAAGGUCUCAAACUUGUGGCUCCAGGUUUUUGGCCCCCAACUCCCAGAAACUCCCAGCCUGUCUAACAACGAGGAAUUCUGGGAGCUGAAGUCCAAAAAACUGGACACCAUUGACUUAGAGUCCGCUUAAGAUAAAUUGACCCGUGUGAACUAUGCAGAUCUUUUACUGUAUCCUUCCCUGACAUCUUAGAGAUUUGUUGGAACUGCCACCCAUUGUUCCUAGACAACAUGGCCAUUGGCUGGGAAUGAUGGGAAUUGCAGUCCAACUCAUCUGGCAGCCUCCUGGCUGAGAAACGUUGUCCUAUCUUAUUACAGUAACAAUAAGCAAGUGGGUGUUUUUGCUGUUAACAGGGACGUGUUAGAUGGUAAACAGAUCUUGGGAGAUCCGAUGUCCUUGCUUUUUCCUCCUUCGUUGCUUAAAGCAGCUUGUAUUCUGCAUGUACAAUUAAAAAGGUUAUGUUUUCA